UGCGAUCAAGGGAUGGAACUAGUUAUGGAGAGCGUGAAGGAGAAGUGCAAGAGUGUUUGGGGGCGAUGCAAGCGAUGCAGAGGGGGAAGCAGACGACGUCGCAGCUCCAACAUAGUCUCCAUGGUUCGAGAAUCCUUGGGAAAGAAACAAAAUAAGAAGAAGCAGAUGGCUCCGGAGGGAUGCUUCUGGGUGUAUGUGGGACCCCAGAGAGAGAGAUUCUUGGUGAAGAUAGAGCUAGCUAAUCACCCAGUGUUCAAGGAGCUUCUGGAUGACGCAGAGAGCGAGUAUGGAUUCAGAAACGAUGGGCCUAUUAGGCUUCCUUGUGAUGUUAAUCUCUUCUGCGACGCUGUGGCGGAGAUGGAGAUAGAGAUGGAAGAAGAUAAGAUGAGUUCUGCGUCAUGGGCUUGCUCCUUUCAUCCUAAGAGUUAUCCAAACUCACUGAUGCACAGUCCUCUUUCCAAUCUUUCUAACCAUACUGGUACUGCGGAUUACGAGCUGUUAAGCCCCUGCAGAUUGUAUGUUUAGACUAUAUAUAUAUAUAUAUAUAUAUAUAUAUCACGAUGUCCCAGAGCUUAGUGUUGUGAAUAAUGAUAUAUAUACCUGUAAAAAUACAUAAACCUGGGAUGGAUAUUGAUCAUGACAAGAGGCACGUGCCUGUUUUAUUUUCUUGUUCAUGGACGUCGUCGGAGAGGAGAGGAAAAGCAUCUAUCUAUAUAUGGCUAACUCAAAUCUAGGUUUCAGUUACAAGCUUUAGAUAUUCCAACUGACAUAUUGUCCGAUGUAUAGAUUAAUGCAUGUUUUUGGUAA